AUGGGGUGCAUGUUCUCUCACCUCGCCGCCAAAUUCGCCUUCUUCCCACCCUCUCCUCCCACUUACCACCUCACCAAAACCCCCGACGGCAAACUCUCCGCCGUAUCCUCCGCUUCCUCCUCCUCCUCCACUUUUCCCUCCGCCGGAGACCCAUCUCUCGACGUCAAAGUAGUAAAGACAAGACGCGGCAACAAAGUCACAGCUUUUUACCUUAGAAACCCUAACGCAAGACUCACACUUCUCUACUCUCAUGGAAAUGCUGCAGAUUUGGGACAACUCUUCGAUCUCUUUGUUCAACUCAAAGUCAAUCUCCGAGUCAAUCUCAUGGGGUAUGAUUAUUCAGGCUAUGGAGCUUCUACUGGUAAGCCGAGUGAGUACGAUACAUAUGCAGAUAUAGAGGCGGCGUAUGAGUGUUUGCAGACGGAUUAUGGGGUAGGGCAAGAAGAUUUGAUCUUGUAUGGUCAAUCUGUUGGCAGCGGUCCAACGCUGCACCUUGCCUCUAAGCUUCCACGGCUUAGAGGUGUCGUUCUUCAUAGCGGCAUUCUCUCUGGUCUUCGUGUUCUAUGUCAUGUCAAGUUCAAGUUUUGUUGUGACAUUUAUUCGGUAUGAAAACUCGUUGCUGCUUGUUGUUUUGGCGAUUUAAGUGCUUCAAGUCCUAGUUUAGGAAGUGUGAAUGACAAUACCAUGCUACUUUAGUUAAAUAAGAACAGGCUUUGGAAAAUGGCAAAGGAACCGUAUGAACCGCUCUGGAUUAAAGGCGGUGGACAUUGCAACCUUGAGAUAUAUCCGGACUACAUUAGACACCUAUACCGGUUUAUACAAGACAUGGAAAAUACAACCACUAAGUCUCGUCUCAAAACGAUUUGGCAAGAAAUCCGUCGGCGAGAUGAAUCCACAGGAUGUUGUUGUUCCGGACUGUGCAGACCUAGCUGCAGUUGUCCCAAACCUCGGUGUCCCAAACCUAGUUGCAGUUGCGGCUGCGGUUGUGGCGACUGCGGUUGUUUCAAGUGUUCGUGUCCGACUUUGAAGGGAUGUUUCUCUUGCUGCAAGAAACCGAGCUGUGUUAGUAGUUGUUGCUGUCCCACGUUCAAAUGCAGCAGCUGCUUUGGGAAGCCAAAAUGUCCGAAAUGCUCUUGUUGGAAAUGUCUAAAAUGCCCCGACACCGAGUGUUGCCGGAGUAGUUGUUGUUGUUCCGGUUGUUUUAGCUGGUUGUGUUGCUGCGGUGGAGGGAGGAGGAAAGAGGGGGAGAGGAGAGGAUCUACUACGUUGGAGAAGAGUGAAGGGUGA